AUGACGUUGUCGUCCUCUCCGUCGAUCCGCCGCUCGUCUUCCCCCACUCGCCGGACGUCCGCCAUGUCCCGCCGCUCGUCCUCCUCGUCGUCCCCUUCCCGCCGCCGCCGAGCGAGCGCCGCCGCCGCCACCGCCGCGGCCGCCGCCGACCGCAAGAACCGGGCGGCGUCACACACUACGCCCAGCCGCGGCGGUGGCGGCGGCGGAGAUGGAGGCGUGAAUGCCAACGCGGGCAGCGGGUCCGUCGAAGGCUGGAUGAGCAGAAAACGGCGGGAGUUUCCCUGCGCAAGCAGCAGCCGCAGCAGCGGCAGCGGUGGCGGUAGCGGGCAGAAGCAGACUACGCGCACGAUGGACAUGGAGGUGGAGGGAAGGGGCGGGGGGGGAGAGAGGAGGAGUAGGGGCGUCGAUAUCGCGUCGUUUUCUCCGUACGCGGCUCGCCUCGGCUGGGGCGGCAGCGGCAGCACCAACAGCCCGGGGGAUGAAGUGGGGCGCGCUACGGCCAGGCUUGCAGGCCUGCAAUUCGAGCACGGGGACGGGGAUGACGGGGACGACCAGGAAUGGGCGAUGGAGUCCCCCGCGAAGAAGCACCACCACGACCACGACACCUACCGCAAAGACAGCGCAUCGCCUGCCCCCACCGGAGGGGUCAGCGGCGUGGCGCGCAGGGGGGUCGAGGACCACGAGAACCACCAGGAGAAGCCCAAGCGACUCGAGCUGCUGUGCGGGGAGCAAGGCGCCCUACGGAGGACUACCUUCCAAGGAGGACUGGAGUGGGUGGACCCGUCUUUCAUCCAACCGGCGCUCAUCACCGAUCUGCUGAGGGUGCACGAGUACGACUACCUCGUGCACAUACAGGGUGCCGUGGUCUAUGCGUUGGGGCUCCUGGGCAAUGCUUCCCUUUCCGCACUUGAGGAGUACCGUAAGGGGUCGGCUGCGAACGGGUUCCCGCCGCCGUCCCCGCCGCCGAGCGGCGGACCCCAGACGUCAGGCGGUAGGCUCAGCGGCGGCGGGGACGGCGACGAGAACCUGUUCGCAUCCGACCCCUUCCAGUACGCCUCGAAUGCGGAGGUAGAAGCAUAUGCCCCGGAACCCCAAAGCAUGUGCGGCGACCCCCCGUGUUUUACCGGGUGGCCAAUAAACAUACACGAGUCUCGUGGGGAACAAAACGUCAGUCUGAGGAAUCCGUGGACCAAAGCGCGCUCGCGUAGUUCCCGCGGGGGGGAGGGGGCGCCGCACAUGCUUUUGAGUUUCGGAUCACACGCUUCCAUUUCCGCACUUGAGGAGUACCGUAAGGGGUCGGCUGCGAACGGGUUCCCGCCGCCGUCCCCGCCGCCGAGCGGCGGACCCCAGACGUCAGGCGAUAGGCUCAACGGCGGCGGGGACGGCGACGAGAACCUGUUCGCAUCCGACCCCUUCCAGUACGCCUCGAAUGCGGAGCCUCCCGAGACUGACGCUUGGGGCUUCCAGGAGGCCGUCGAGAACGGGCGACCCAGCAUUCGGCCGAGCAAGAAGAAGGAAGAAGCCGCGGGUGACGCCAGAGGCGGGUUCGGGCGAAGGUUCGAGGCCGACGUCGGGUACGUGGACGUGGACACGAGGGUCUCGAGGGAGUCGUACGGGGCGGCGAGGACGGCUGCCGGCGCGGUCAUCCUGGCGGUGGACCGAGUGGUUCAGGGCAAGAACCCGAACGCCUUCGUCGCCGUCAGACCCCCCGGACACCACGCCGGGCCUUCCGGGUCCGCACCAGCCUCGUCCUUCUGGAAGAACCCCGGCAUGAACAGCAGCGGCUUCUGCCUGCUCAACAACGCGGCCAUCGGAGCGGCGUACGCCAGAUGCAGGUACGGGAGGUCUGGCGAGCUGUCUCGAGUGGCCAUCGUGGACAUCGACAUACACCACGGCAACGGCACGGAGGAGAUCGUCCGGUGCCUGCGGCCUAUGACCACGCGGUUGCCGCUGCCCCCUAGCUGGCCGCCCAUGACGAAGACCGUGUACAAGCCUUGGCUAGACGAUGGCGACGCGGACAACGUCUUCUUCGGGUCGGUCAGCCUCCAGGAUAAGGACUUGUUCUACCCGGCAUCGGGCACAGAAGAGGAGCGGUUCAAUGACAACGACGCCAACAUCGUCAACGUGUCCCUGUCACCUCUUGGGCCUACGCCGGGUGACGAGCCGAAGAAGCGUGCUUUGACGAAGACGAAGGUAACCGAGUACACGAACAAGGCCUGCAACGAGUUCAAGCAAAAGUGCCAGAGGACUCUGUUGGCCAGACUGAAGGAAUUCAGCCCGGAUCUGCUCAUCAUUUCAGCAGGGUUCGACGGGCACGUUGAGGACUACUACCACUACCUCUCCAACGAGGUGUACGAGUGGGUGACCCUGGCUCUGGCGGACUGCUGCCCGACCGGCCGGGUGGUUUCGGUGCUGGAGGGGGGCUACUCUCUGGAGGCCCGGGUGUCUCGAGCGAAGGCCGCGCAGCAGGCACGAGCUAACAACAAACGAGCAAACAAGCCGGAGACUGCUGCUGCGGCAGCCUCGACGACCAGCGGCAGCAGCGGGGCAGGUGGCAGCGCGUCGGGGAGCGGGUCCGGCCCGGCCCUUCGCGAGCGCCGCAACCGCCCCGCAACGCGCGGGAGCGGCGGCGGCAACGCGCAACAACGACCGCCACCACAGUUUGUGGCAACAGUGGCGGCAGCGGCAGGCUCGGCCGCCAGCUUUCCCCCGCAGCCUCAUUCUUCCUCGGUGGGUGCCCCCGGUGCGGGUAACCAGGCCGACAGCAAGUCGGCGGCGGCGAUGCUGCACACGGUUCCGGCUGCUGUGCGGACGGCAGCAGGAGCACCCUUGCUCUCUUCUGCGCCAGCCGGAAGCAACACGAUCGCGGCGGUGGGGGCCUCCUCCCUCUCGCCCUCGGACAAGCCUCCCGGGGGCGGUUUCGGCGCGACCGGUUCAGGCGCGAGCAGUGUCGUUGGCGAGGACCCCGCCGUGCCCGUCGCUGUCGUCUGCGGCCCCCCCGUCUCCAGCGGCGUUGGCGGCGGAAACCGCAAGAAAGCUUCUCGGAAAGUCCCCGUGGCGGCGUCGGCGGCGAAGGGGGAAGGAGAAGACGCGGCUAUACGGGCCUGGGACGGAGGCCUAGUGCGAGGGGUAGUUUCGCACGUAUCGGCGCUCAUGACUUGCGCUUCAAGGCAACAACAAGAACAGCAGCGCUUGCAGCAACAAAGCCGGCCAGUCCCAAACACCAAGGCCGCUGUUGCUGCCGCCGCAGCUGCUUCUUCUGCCGGGGCCGUCGGCGGGAAGUAGAUCAGUCAAGGUGUGGGGUUUCCGCGGGACACAUGGCAGGGGUGUAGGCCGAGGCUGUGAGAGGCGGAAAUGGAGGCGAGGCGAGACAAUGGCACCCCCCCCCCUCCC